AUGGAUGAUAUAAUACAAUAUUCACAUGGAUGGUUGGGAGUUAAAUGCCAAUCGACAACGAACUUCGUAUUAACUGAAGGAGAAAUAUUCCUAUACGAGGGUAGAGGAUUAGUUUCUAAUCUCGAUAAUACCGAUCAUUGUAUGGUACAAAGGGGAAAGUGUAUAACUAAUACUAGUAUUGUUUUAUGGAGCAGUAAUGAUGUAGUCAGUCAUUGUCUGUAUCGAAGAGUCGGAAGUUUCGGCGCCAUGAAGUAUGGAGAUCACUUCGUCAUCAACGAAUUACAAGUCUCGUUUAUAAUCGACAAAGAAAACACAAUCAUCACGACUAAUUGUGGAUCCGACAAUCCCCAUUUGAUGUAA